CUUGCCUCAGCUUAAAUCUCUACUAGUUACCUCACUUUGUUUCAAAUGGAGACACGGGCAUUUGUGCAGCUUGAGUCCACGGUGCCAAUUUCGCGUAGCUUCAAGCCUUCAAGCCUAGCCAGAAACCCACACGGGUGACGCCAUUGUUACUCGCCGGUGUGCUCACUAUCAUACCAUAUCAUCAACCUCUUCGGUUCUCGCACUUCCACUAUAUAUGCGUACGUCGCCGCGCGCACAUCGAUCGAACCCCAGCCAGCAACCCAACAACUCGAUCAUCGCAUGCAUGCAGAUGCUCUCAGCUCCGGCGGACAUGGAGCGGUUCCAAGAAGCCGACGUCUUGUGGCCGGACCACAGCCAAGACAACGGACACGGCCACCGGCACCCGCAACAGCGGCGGCGGCGCGGCAGGAAGCCCGACGGUGACGAUGCUUCGCGCGGAGGUGAAGUGCGUCGCCCGGUCUCCUCAGCGCCCGUGGGCAUCCCCGUGGCGAGGUCCACAGCGCCGGCCUGGUGGGCGCCGAGCUACGACGGCGAUGACGGCGGCGAUGGGGCGGCAUUCGUGCCGCCGCACGUGCUGGUGGCGGCUCGGCGGUGCUCGGAGGAGAGAGCGGCCUCCUCCAUGUGCGAGGGGCACGGGCGCACGCUCAAGGGCCGCGAUCUCCGGUGCGUGCGCACCGCCGUGCUCCGCAUGACCGGCUUCCUCGAGAGCUGAACUCUACACCACCAGCUAGUCGUCCAUCCUGCGGCUAGAAUCGCGAGCAGCAGAGCCAUAAAAAUUUGCGUGCCAAAUAAAUCUCGGUAGGCUUUGCAUUUGAAAUUGAAAACUGAGCUUGUGAUAUGAAAUUCUGAACGAAAUCGAUCGAUUCGAGAUUUCUUUACACGUCUUCACGCCGAGAAUGGCAGAAAGG